AUGGAAGAAGAAUAUAGUUAUAUAACAGCUUUAGACGUGGAAUUAAAAGAAGAAGACUAGGCCGAAAUUGGAUUUAUUCUUCCCCAUGAACAUAUUUUUUAAAAUCUAUCAUAAUUCGCUGACUAAAGUUUAGUUGAUUUUGAUAGUAUCUCUUUAUUUAAUAUCCAGCAGAUAAGAGACUAACCAUUUAGAUGCAACAGAAACUUAAAUCUUGACAGCGUUGAGGAAAUGCAUUUUGAAAUGCAAGAGCUAAUUUCUCAUCCUGUUUAUAAAAACAGAAAAGCACUUAUUGUGGAAGCUACAAACAAUUAAAAUGGAUAAGAUCAUGCAAAGCUCAAUGAAUUGGCUAAACUUCUAAAAAUUAAUUUAGUUAAAGGAUUUACUUUUGGCAAGGAUUUAAGCAAAAUAGAUCUUAAUGAUGAGAAGACUAAGGUUUUAUUUUCUGCAUAAAAUAUAUUAAAUUAGGUUGACUUUGAGUUUGAGUUAUGUACAAAUGAUCAAAAACCUUCUUAUAUUGGAGAAAUAGAACUUAGUGAGUUAAAUUUAGAGAACAAUUUGAUACACCAAAAUGCUUUAAUUGCUUAUUUGCACAUAAGUAAAGCAAAGAAGGUACCCAUAUUAUUCAAUCUCAAAAAUUAACCUACUCCAAACAUCGAAAAGUUAAUUUCUCAAAUGAAACCUGAGCACAUAGGUAGAAUCGUUCUAUUUAACCCCUAAUUUUAAUAUGAAGAAAAGAGGUUAGUAAUCGAAAAAGAGAACGAAUAAAAUCUUACUCUGGUUAAACAAAUUAAAAAUUUUAAGGAAAUCUUAAGCCUUCUCAAUUAAAAAUUUAUUCUUGGCUUUGAUAUAUUGAGAUAUGACUACAAUGAUCUAGUAGAUAUAACUAAAUUACUAUUGUAAAAAGGCUACUCAAAGCAAAUUCUCAUUUCUAAUGGAGUAAAAUAUAGAUCUGAUUUAAGAAAGUAUGGAGGAAAAGGUUUUUUUGCAGUCUUUGAUUUUAUUAAAGACACCUAAAUGAGUGAUUAGUAGAUUGAAGAUAUUUUUAAAAAUAACAUGAUAGCAGUUUUAUAAUGGAAUACCUUUAAGGUUAAAAUUCAAGAAAUCAAAUAAUGGAAGUGCCCGAUUUGUGGAAAAGAAUAACCAGAAAAUAUUUAAAGAUUUACUAAAUUAGGCAAGGAAUUCUGCUCUAUUCCUUGCUUAAAAAAGGCUGUAUUUUGA